AUGGCCGAACCUCCUCUUCGUCGUCUUCGCAAUUGCGCGCUGGCCAUCAUCUGUGCAAGACCCAAGGAAGCCACGAUAAUAUCCUCUAUGCUCAGGACGAGCACCACAAUCAGUGGUGACAGCGUAGAUGGUGUCGACAACGGGCAUGAGUUUAUGCUCGGAGAAAUGAAAAUCAUAACAGGAAAGGCGACAUCUCAGAAAUUGAAGUUCUACGUGACGAGCAGCCUAUCUCAGGGGCUGGUGCCAUUCGCCAUCAGCGCCGGGGCUCUCAUUUCAGUCUUGAAGCCUCGCUUUGCGAUUCAUGCCGGAAUCUGUGCCGGCAAUGGAAACUUGAAGAAUUCCAAGAGACCAGAGGAUGGAACCAUCACCAGGUGUACCCACAGUGUCACGGAUGUAAUCGUCACCGAUGAAGCCAUGAGCAUAGAGUCGGGCAAGUUCACUACAUCAAGCUUCUUACCCGAAUACAAACCGCACCAUACCCACGUCGCUGGGCUAGAAGCUUUCGUCGAAGCAACCGAGACGGUCCCGAACUCAGAAGCACGAGUACACUAUGGCCCUUUCCUGUCGAGUUCUGCAGUGCGUGAGAAUGCACCCGAGAUUUUCGAAAGAAUUCGCUCGACGGUGAACCGUAAAGUACUCGCGCUUGACAUGGAAGCCAGCGCAUUCCUAGAGCUGUGUGCCCACUACAAGCACGCAAACGUCCGCACUCUCGGCGUUUUCAAAGGCGUGUCAGAUGUCGGUGAUGAGAAUAAGAGUGACGAUUUCCAAAAGGAAGCCUUGCGUAACACAGGCACGGUCUUGUCGGAAUGGAUCCAGCACACCUUUCGAUCGAGAACAUGGGAGGCAGACAACUCUGCUGAGAUGGGUACAAGGCUUGCCAAAGCCUACUACCAGAACUUCAUCUCGCACGUACUCAACGCCGUAUCAGGUGGCAUACCAGCAUCCGAGAUUGAAGGCGGCUUCAAGGGCCUCUCGUCAGGGGAAGUUCCUUCGAUGUUGAUUGUGAUGCCUCCGCAAAACAGAGUGACUUAUUUCGCACAUCAAGGCCAGCUCCAGGGUAUCGUAGAAAGUCACGGCUUACAAGAUGUGAAAGUCGGAAGGGGAGCCUUCACAAGGACAGCCUUCUUCAAAGGUCGCUAUCUCAUAGACUUCCCUCGGACAUUGAACGAUCUCAUCGACUCUGACGAGCCACAACAUCAAGCCUCGCUCUUCGAGAGGCAUCUCUUGGUGCAACCGUUCUUCAAUACCGAGGGACGGCCUUCUCGCAGCGUGUCAGCUGAAGUGAUUUCGUGGAACGAUUUUGUGAAGAGAUUUCCUGCAACAACCAUGGUCGUUGUGACAGGUGCUGAUCGUGACGACGACGCCGUUCUGGUUUCAUAG